GUCAACAACAAAAAAGAGAUCUGUAUGCUCAGACAUGUUUUGAUGUGGACAUCUUAACUGUGGUUGAGUAAGGGAGUUGAGAAACACCAGGACAGGAAGGCACCCUGCAAGGAGUGGCUUAGGACCGCACUGAACGUUAAAGCUGCCCUAGCCCACAAAGCAAAAAGAAUGCUGCUUUACUGGGAGAAGAAGCAAGUCUGUCCACUUCCAUGUGCUGUUCAUCCAGACAUGUAUGACAUGGGACAUAUUUGAUUGGGGCGUAGCAGUGGUGUCAAGUGAGGCAGUGAAAUGACUUGAGUGGAGGAAUUCAAAAGUCCAAGUCCGAAACUUUAAGAUAAACAGACUUUUGUGGCCUCUCUUUCACAACUCAAGACAUGCUGUUCUGGAUUAUUCUCCCAAUCACACUCUCCUCUGUCUCAUUUUUUGGAUCAUGGACAGUAUAUGCGCUGGCGCUACAAAAUGGACACGUUUGUUCACUUCAAAACUGGGACUACAGGAACUCAUGCCAGACCAACGACUCAGAAAGAUGCUGUACAACAUACAAUGUCCCCACGAUAAGCUGGAGUGGUACUAAUGCUCCGGAAAACUCCCUGUUCUCAGCCACCAUUAACGCAGGAGCGUUCUUGUUUUUGGUGUUUUGUAUUUUCCACCAUGCCCACAUCCUGGACAGGAACAUGGGCCAGGCCCUGCUCAGUAAAUUUGCUCUGGUCUUUGGCUGCGUGGCGUCUGUCGGGGCCUUCAUGGCAGGCAACUGCAACCCUGCUGAGGUCCGGUUGCUGCAUUACCUGGGCGCCGCCAUCAGCUUUGUGUGUCUGUGCUUCUACUGCGUUCUCCUGACCUCCCUUACCUCUAGAUGCCUUCUGACCGGAUUGGAGCGCUACCUCUAUCCACUGCGGAUUGUAUUGGCAACCAUCCAGAUUUCAGUCACCAUCCUCUAUUGUAUAUUUUUUGUGCAAAAGGAUUACUUUUACAGGCACAUAUCUGCUAUUUUCGAGUGGACGCUGAGUGUGAAUAUCGAAGUGUUUGAGCUGAGCUACGUGGUGGAGUUCUUCUUUUUCUCCUCAUCAAUGUUGACUACACUCUUGGAGAGACGUGACGAGGAAAAGCCACUCAUCUUGUCCUGAUAACCAGACCCUGAAUAGGAGCACCUGUUUCCGUUAAUCUUUUUUACUUUCCACACACGCGUACAGAUGAAUGGAUUAAGAACUGCAGAACAACUGACAGAAUGUCUUCCAGAUGUUUGCCUGCUGGGUCUUGAGAGGUGCUUAACGGCUUCCCUUUUGAGGACAUCUCGCCUUUGGGCAUUACCAACAUCAGAGCAGCUUUUAAUUUUGUAAAAGUGGACUUUGAUACAAAUAUUUAUGAGGAUUCUGCUUGGUGCACUCUUGGAAACCCUCAUCCAUAACGUCACAUCAUAAGCAGAUCAACUUGACGUGGAUGGAGUGCUUUUAAAACUAGAAGUAGGCCUAAUUCAUGUUUUUUUCUCAAGAACGGUCAUGAAAUGCUACAAUUACACGUCACUGUUUUAUUAUCACUGCCGCCAUGUUGUAUGAAUGUUUUAAAUCACAGGAUGAUUCGGAGCAGGACUAAGUUGUUCGCUUAUGGUUUUAAAACCAAGCAAACUGUCUGACGGUGGAAUAUGGUUUUGUUAAGUUAGAUGUCAACAUGUACAAGACAUGAGGAUUCUGCUGGGCAGAGAGCAAUUUCUUAGCGUGGAGAACUUUUCCACAUUUUUGUUGCACUUUCAUAAGCAAUUUGAUCAACUUCUUUGUAGGUGUCUUCAUUCUUAUCAAAUACUUUCAGUCUUAUACUUGAAGUAGUUUGAAUCUGGCUUUAGGAGUGACUGAUAUUUUGGUAACACUUUACUUGACGCCGGCGUCAUACGUAUGACAUAACGGUGUCAUAACAUUACAGUGUCAUAACAUAAUGCAGUAAUGAAUGUGUCAUAAACAUUAUGUCAAUGUCAUAAAUCAUAAAUGUCAAAAUAAAUUGUCUUUAAAUGAAAUUCAGUUAUGACAAAGACAGGCCUAACAAUGUCAACUUUUCAUGUUCAUGACAUUGUCAUUAUGUUUAUGACUUUCAUGACACUGUUAUGACACUGUUAUGUCAUACGUAUGACGCCGGUGUCAAGUAAAGUGUUACCGAUAUUUGUAUUACACUUGGUACAACACCCUUGUUUGCAAUUUGUACAUGGUCCUCUUUGUCACUCAUUCAUUAUUAUGUAAUCAUGCACUUGUAGGACAGAGAUGGAGGUUUGCAUUUAAAACAAGUAUAUGAACUACAUUUGUCCAUCACAAGUGGUUUGUUUGGAACAUCUUGGUGUCUGUUUUUGUCCGCAAUAUAUGGUCAUGUCAUUUUGGAUGCUAAAAGAUGUGGUAACUACAUGUGUCAGACUACAACUAA